GAAGGAACAAGAGGCGCGAAAAGCGAAAUGAAAUCGAAUUGAGUGUGCACCGCGCGCACCUGAGUAAGAGUUCGUGGCGGCGAGGCAAGAAUUACUUUUCGAUUCGUGCGGAAGUGUCGCCAGCAUCCGUGAUUUUUCGCUGUUUGCCCCAGCAGUCUUCGGUGUAGAGUGCACCUCUUGGCCUUGGUCAGCAAGAAGUGCCUGCUAAAAACUCACUCUAUCGACACAUGUAUUUUACAUUUUAUAAGGCCCAUAAAAUGUGUUUAUAAAUAAAAAGUAAAUACUUUAACGCACCCAAAAGACAAAAAGCGCGAGCCAGCGCAGAGAGAUGCGGCAAAUUUUCACCCUGCGCGUGUGUGCGGCUUCUGUGGGUAAUUGUUGAUCAAUUGUCAUGUGCAAAAAAGUAAAAACAAUAACAGCCAGCGAAAAGCAUUCAGCAUCAUCAAUGGGAAGCAUUGCAAAAGCAGCCAAGUGAAACGGAACCUAAUGAAACAAGGCCCACGAAAACAGCGGAGCACAGCGAGAUUACAGUGACAAGUGGCGAACGAGCCAGGGAACUGAGGCUGCUCGAAGUCCCAAGUAGCCGAGUGCCAAGUACAGUGAUGAUCGUCCCUUGCUGAGGUCCAGAAAACUCCAUAAUCGCAAAUGCCUGUGGCUUGCACAUGAAUCACCCACUGAUAUGCUGUUCCAACAUAUAAGCUCUUCGAAAUCCCUGACAAAAAGGCGAUAAAACCGAGCUGAUAAUUCGAACUGAGACUUCUGAGUCGCCCAGAUCAAGAGCUAUAAAAUUAAUAUUCCACCGCCCAAACAUUUGCAAAAGGUCUCCUGCAAUAAAAUAAAGUAUUCGCGAGACCCCAGUUCACGAAGAGCAAUAAAAUCCAUAUAAUCGAGGUCCAAACGGUUAAGAAAUGAAUAAAAUAACCAUUGCGAAUCGAGUGCUGUGAACAACAAAUUGAAACGUUCUAAGAAAAAAAGCGCCCCAUCAUAAUUGAGGCAGGGCGUUGUCGAUAACCAACAUGGGACCUUUAUGACCUGAUGGAAUAUUUUAUUUAUAAAUAUAUGCCAGACAUUGGAAAUCGCCCGGUCUAUGAGGGCACUUUGAGAGGCAAAGACCGAAAGGUAUUUUGAGAGCUCGUAAGCUUAAGAACUGAAAUUUAAGCAAGCUGGAUUUCGAACACUUUGCUUAUAGGAAAACCUAUCAGACUGUAUAGAGAAAAUUGUUUAAAUCAAAAUUUAAAUUGUCAAGACCAAAAACACUAGUUUGAAAUAUAAGGAAAAGGAUGGUACGUUAUAAUCUUUAUAAAAAAGGGUUCUUGGUUGAGUUUUAAUAUUGCUAACUGAACCUAAGAGCCAUCUAUUGAUAGAUAUUUUUGAUUUACGCGGAUAAAAGACAUAGAAUUUUAAAGAAAAUCAGACUGAACUCUUAAGGCAAGCAAAGAAAUCAAGUUGUAAGCGUAGGCAGUAGUCCAUGCCACCUUUCGAAGAGGGUGAAGUCCACCAGGAGGAGCAGAUACCUCUAAAGCCGCCGCGUCGACACAGGAAAAUGAAGUCUGCGGAGGAGGAAACGCAGGCCCAGCCACCGGCGGAGGACCACGAGGAGGAGCAGCUGCUGCCGCCGCCGGGGGCCACCGGGAUGAGCAGCAACCUGCGCUAUGCCCGGGCCAAUCUGAGCCAGAGCAGCCUGAUGCUGAGCCACCAGCAGGGCUCCUUCGAAUCGUCCACCGAGCGUACGGCGAGCAGCGAGACCCUGGACGUUCUGCCGACUUCGAGGCGCUACCAGGUGCAUCCGCAGCCGAACCGCUUGGGCUCGGGGCUUCGGCAGCCAGCUUCGGCCUUGGCGAGCGCUCUGCAUGCCACUGCCAGAUUGGCGGCCAGUGUGGAUGCCUAUACGGCGGCGGCUACAGCAGCCACAGCGGCAACCGGCGACUACGGCGACUAUAUGCGCCAGCAUCCGCACCUCAGUCACAUCCACCCGUCCCAGAGCACCCAGCAGCAGGCGCCCCUCCACCACCACCCGCAGCUGCCCGCCCAUCAGCUGGGAAAUCUCAGAGCGAGCAAUUUUGUGGGGUCGUCGCGGUAUCUCUAUCACAGCCAGUUCAAUUCGAAUUCGCCGCAAACGAGACGCUUCACUGCGCUUCAGCGAGACGGCUCGCCAGCAUUCGCGGCUUCAGCGGCAGCAGCUUCACUGGCGGCAGCUUCGGCAGUAGCACCACUAGCGCCACUAGCACCACUAGCCUCCAUAGCAUCGCCCUCAUUUGCGGCCCAGCCGCCGCCACCACCACCACCCUUUCAGUUGCGCACCUACCAACAGAAUCAAUCCUACCGCUUUCAGCCGCGCGGACACCACCGCACCGCCAGCAGCAGCAUGUCGCAGUCCGGAGAGGACCUCCACUCGCCCACCUACCUGUCCUGGCGGAAGCUUCAGCUGAGCCGCGCCAAGCUCAAGGCCUCCAGCAAGACGUCCGCCCUGCUCUCCGGAUUCGCCAUGGUGGCGAUGGUGGAGGUGCAACUGGAUCACGACACAAACGUGCCAGAGGGCAUGCUGAUAGCCUUCGCCAUCUGCACCACGCUCCUGGUGGCCGUGCACAUGCUGGCCCUGAUGAUCAGCACCUGCAUCCUGCCCAACAUCGAGACGGUGUGUAAUCUGCACAGUAUUUCGCUGGUCCACGAAUCGCCGCACGAGCGCCUGCACUGGUAUAUCGAGACGGCGUGGGCCUUCUCCACGCUGCUGGGCCUGAUACUCUUCCUCCUGGAGAUAGCCAUCCUGUGCUGGGUGAAGUUCUACGACCUCAGUGAGCCGGCGGCCUGGUCCGCCUGUGUGGUCCUCAUCCCGGUGAUGGUCAUCUUCAUGGCCUUCGCCAUUCACUUCUACCGCUCCCUGGUGUCGCACAAGUAUGAGGUGACGGUGUCGGGCAUUCGGGAGCUGGAGAUGCUCAAGGAGCAGAUGGAGCAGGACCACUUGGAGCAUCACAACAACAUCCGAAAUAAUGGCAUGAACUACGGCGCCUCCGGGGACAUUGUCUAGCGUCCAGCACUUGAGGAUCCUCGAGCGGAUCGAACGAAAAAGACAGCGGCUCAGGGCAAGCCUCAGAUUACUUUAGUGAAACACAUAUAUAUUGUAAAUUUGUAGUGGAUGCAAAUUGUGAUACGCGAAAGGCAGUAGAUUUCUACUAUAUACACACGUGAACUGUGUUCUGUAUUGCGUGUGGAUCGAGUGCUGUAGUUCUUUAUAUUUUUUAUGGCAAUUACAAGGCACCGCUUAGACAAUGAUGAAAGACCCUAACGAAAGCAAUACUUCGGACCAUCAAAUUCGAUGAAUAUUCCUCAAAAGUUAGCUCAUAUUUGUUAUAUAUAUAUUUAUUGCGUGUAUUUUGAAUUGAAUGCCGUAUCUUUUUUUGGAACCAUCCUUGGCAGUCUUCCCUUUUAUUGUUUAAGCAUGUUUUGGACACUACUUGAUUGUCUUAGCCCUUAAUUUAAUGUUAGGCCAAUUGUAAGCGAGAUCGCGCUGUAAUUUAUAUAUAAUUAAAAGAUUUUUCUAUA